GUUCGUAAGUAAGUACAUGUUCCGUUAGUCAUCUUUUCGCACCACGAUACAAACACAUCUGUAAAUUUGUCCACGAGCCGGACGUUUGUGUUGUACCUCGCGCUUAAAUGUAAUUACUAGCUUUGUUAUUACGUGAAGACCAAGCCGUCAGAGAGCAAUUUUGAAAAUUUUUGAGAAAAGAAUGGAUAAUCCAUUACCACAUAUUAUGGAAAGCGUGGAUUGUGAUGGUUCAACAAAGCCGAAAGACAGGUUAGUCAGCCUUCUUGAUCAGAUCGAAGUGCAUGUAGAACAACUGAGGAAAGAUGCUUGGAGACUCGAAGAAGAAAGAGAUACACUCCUGACUACCUUAGACACACUUAGAAACAAUGAAAUUUUAAGUGGAUUAAAUGAAACUGACAAGGACGAUGUGCUGAGGUAUGCUGAAAGAUUGUCUAUGCGAUGUUUAACAGUUGAUGUGUUGGUUAAAAUUCAGCGUGAUCAAAUUCAAGAAGAAGCACUACAUCAGGUAAAUGGUUUGAUAGAUAGUUUAGUUGUUGGCCUCCGUGAUGAUCCAGCUGGAACUCGGCAGCGUUGUGCAUCUUUUAUGAAUGCUUGUACUUCACAAAGUGUUGGCCAUUCUGAUAAAACCUUUGAAACAGCAAUUCUUGGGUGUACUAUGGAUGAUCAGAAACGAAUAAAAAAGAGACUGCAGGGACUAUUAGAUUAUAUUGACAAAAUGCACACAAUUAAAUUACUGUGAAGCUUUAUUUGGAAUAACUGAUUUUUAAAGAAGUCAGAUAAGUAACUCUUUAAAUCAGUAAUUAAUACGACCUAGUUAUCUGAAAAGAGAUUUAAGAAAAACUUAUUAUAGCAGGGUGCUUGAUAAUUCAAUAAUGUUUAUGGUAAAUGUACAAAAAGUAUCAUAUAUUGUGAGUUUUUUCUCUACAUGUACUAUUUCUACGCCUUGCUAUCUGGGCAAAUAAGCUUUUAUGCAUAUUACACUUGUAUAUGCGCGUUAAUUAUGAUAGGAAAUUAUUAUAAAAUUACUAUAACAAAUAAUACAUAUUUCCGUACUUAAAAGAUUUUGAGAAUUAAAAUUGUUUAUUUUCGAAAUAAAUGAUUAUAACAUACAGAGAGUCCUGUGUAACGCGACUCGCUAUUUCUUUGCCAUUUGCAGCCAUGUAACAAAAAAUGUUUUGAACCAUACUUUGAUGGUGUCGAGCGUACUACAAAUGAUAGAAAGAAUCCCGAAAAUACUUUGUUUUCAUAACGAAACUAGUGUCACCUUAGUUAACACAAAUAGGAUUAUAUGUUGCUUCUUCCAUGAAAUUGUAGAGGAUUUUAUAAGAAAUUUUAUAGUGGAAGUAAUAUUUCACUUGCUGAUACAUUUCAGAAUUAUUUACAUUUCAUAAGGAAGGAAUUACUACAUCAUGUAGAGUUGUACAUCCAGCCACUCUAAUAACAAAAUAAUAACUUUCUA